CACAGUCUUUGUUGUUUAGGUGAGCGACGUUGUCGGGCACAGACUCUGUCCGGUUUGCCUUUUACCAAGUGGUUGGGAUCUCUGCUUUCUCGUUUCAGUUAUAGCUGAUUCGAAUGAGUUGCAAAGAUCAGCUGCUAAGACUUGGAUUUCGUCAUGUCGUCAUCUGCUGCCGAUUCUGUUUUUACCAAAAUGACACCAAACGGGAAGAUUACACUGUUCAUACCACAAAGGGAAUUCGUUGAUUAUCUUUCAUGGAUUCAACCAAUAGAUGCAGCAAUAGUGGUAGAUCGUGAAUAUGUUCACCCGGAACGUUCAAUUGCUGUGCAGUUAGUUAGCACGGUACGUUAUGGACGCGAAGAUGACGAAGUGAUGGGCUUAAACCUGUCAAAAGAAAUAUGCCUGGCCAACGUGAUUGUAAACAAAGUGCCCAUACCAGAGCAUCUAACAGAGAUGCAGGCAAAUCUUCUACGGAUUUAUGGAAACACUUGCUAUCCCUUCCAUUUCGAAUGGCCUUCAGGUAUUGGGCCGAGUUUAACUAUUCAGCAGCCAUCGGCGAUGAAAGGAGAACCCUGUGGAAUAAAGCAUUUCAUCGAAGUCUUUUGUCUCUACAGAGGCAGUUGCCAACCUCACAAACGGAGCACUAUCCAGUUUGAUGUGGAUUUGAUUCAGAGGCACGGAUCGGCUGAGAAAUCGGCUGUUUGGAUACCACCAGCAGUUACAGUCAGUCGUCCUCUAUUGCUCGCUCUCGGUCGUGUGGAUAUGGAAGUUUGCUUAGAAAAGACAUCCGUCGUCGAUGGCGAACCCCUUAUCAUCAAUAUUUCUAUUACCAAUCAGUCCAACAAAAACAUCAGAGGCAUGAAAAUCACAUUGACUCAAUUUUACAAGCUCUCUUUUUCCGAGGGCAAACGCAAAGUGCCGGUCAAUCGCAUGGAAACUCAUACCGGCUUUCCCAUUGCACCCGGAGGGACCCUUAAUCAGACUGUUAUGCUUGUUCCGCGUGCCACUACGGGUACUAAACAAGAGGGGUUAGCUGUUCGGCGGUGUGUAAGUUCAAACGUCUCCCAGUUAGCACCGAGUACUCUUUUUGCCGAUCCCAGUCAUUCUGAUAUUUUUGGUUUCAUCAUCUCUUACCGAGUUCAUGUUAAGCUUAAAGUAUCCCAGACACCGCUGAAGGCCACCGUAAUGGCUGAGGUGCCUGUCUUCAUUGUUGCUAAACGUGAUAGCGAACAUUUCUCACAUCAGCCGAGUGGAAUAGAGAAAUGCCCUGGCGAUUCUUCAAUAAAUUUUCGGAAUCGAAGUACCGCAUUUUCCAAAUAAAUCUGAGCGCUUAAAAGAGGCCCAAAAGAAGUCGGAA